UGGCGGCUGCGCGCAGCACCGCGACCUGGGCAGCGAAGUGAAAGCGAAAGCCUGGGACCCCGGCUCCCUCACUGCGUGAGCGUCGCUGGCGCACCCAGAGGACCCAGUUUGAGAAGAAGCCUGUUUCAGAAGCGCUCCUGAGCUGCUGUUCCGCAGCCGCAGACCCCACCAUGGUGCUGUCCUACCUGAGGCCCUGGGCUUCGCUGCUGCUAGUGGACGUCACUUUGCUCGGGUUGCUACAGGGAUCUUUGGGAAAUCUGCUACCCCAGGGGCUGCCAGGAGUAUGGCUGGAAGGCAUCCUGCGCCUUGGAGGGCUAUGGGGCCUGCUAAAAGUGGGAGGGCUUCUGGGACUGGUGCGGGCCUUUCUGCCUUUGCUCUGCCUGGCCACCCCGCUGCUUUUCUCCCUGAGAGGCCUGGUGGGGGGCACCAUGGGCUCCCCAGCAGUCAGAGUGUCUUCUGCCUCUUGGGGCUGGCUGCUGGCCGGCUACGGGGCUGCCGCGCUGGCCUGGGUGGUGUGGACUGUGCUGAGCCCUGCAGGAGCCCAGGACAGGGAACCAGGCCAGGAGAACAACAAAGCACUGAUGUGGCGCUUGCUGAAGCUUUCCAGGCCGGACCUGCCCUUCCUCGUGGCUGCCUUCUUCUUCCUCGUUUUGGCUGUGUUGGGGGAGACAUUGAUCCCUCAUUAUUCUGGUCGGGUGAUUGACAUCUUGGGAGGUGAUUUUGACCCAGAUGCCUUUGCGAGCGCCAUCUUUUUCAUGUGCCUGUUCUCUGUUGGGAGCUCUCUGUCUGCAGGCUGCCGAGGAGGCUCCUUCCUCUUCACCAUGUCCAGGAUCAACCUGCGGAUACGAGAGCAGCUUUUCUCAUCCUUGCUGCGCCAAGACCUUGGGUUCUUUCAGGAGACCAAGACAGGGGAGCUGAACUCACGGCUGAGCUCAGACACCUCCCUGAUGAGCCGCUGGCUCCCUUUAAAUGCCAAUAUCCUGCUGCGGAGCCUGGUAAAGGUGGUGGGGCUCUACUUCUUCAUGGUCAAGGUGUCACCCCGACUCACCUUCCUCUCCCUGCUGGACCUGCCUCUCACAAUAGCAGCCGAGAAGGUGUACAACCCCCGCCAUCAGGCGGUGCUAACCGAGAUCCAGGAUGUGGUGGCCAGGGCAGGCCAGGUGGUGCGCGAGGCCGUAGGAGGGCUGCAGACUGUGCGCAGCUUUGGGGCGGAGGACCACGAGGUCAGCCGCUAUAAGGAGGCCUUGGAGCGAUGUCGACAUCUGUGGUGGCGCCGAGACCUGGAGAAAGACUUGUAUUUAGUCGUGCGGAGGGUGAUGGCCUUGGCCACACAGGUGCUGAUUCUGAACUGCGGCGUUCAGCAGAUCCUGGCUGGCGAGGUCACCAGGGGUGGCCUGCUCUCCUUCCUGCUGUACCAGGAGGAAGUGGGAAACCAUGUCCGGAACCUGGUGUACAUGUAUGGUGAUAUGCUGAGCAACGUGGGUGCCGCUGAGAAGGUUUUUUGCUACCUGGACCGAAACCCAAAUCUGCCCCAGCCUGGUACCCUGGCCCCUCCCAGGCUGGAGGGCCUCGUGGAAUUCCAAGAUGUCUCCUUUUCGUACCCGAGUCGCCCGGAGAAGCCUGUGCUCCAGGGCCUGACGUUCACACUGCGUCCCGGAACGGUGACCGCGUUGGUGGGACCCAAUGGGUCAGGAAAGAGCACCGUGGCCGCCCUGCUGCAGAACCUGUACCAGCCCACGGGGGGCCAGCUACUGCUGGACGGAGAGCCCCUGGCCCAGUAUGAGCACCACUACCUGCACAGCCAGGUGGCUCUGGUGGGGCAGGAGCCCGUGCUGUUCUCGGGUUCUGUCAAGGACAACAUUGCCUAUGGCCUGAGGGACUGCGAGGACGCCCAAGCGAUGGCAGCUGCUCGGGCGGCCUGUGCGGACGACUUCAUAUUAGAAAUGGCUAAUGGAAUACACACAGAAAUAGGGGAGAAAGGGGGGCAGUUAGCCGUGGGACAGAAACAACGUCUGGCCAUUGCCCGGGCCCUUGUGCGGAACCCUCGUGUCCUCAUCCUGGAUGAGGCUACCAGUGCUCUGGACGCCCAGUGCGAGCAGGCUCUACAGGCCUGGAGAGCUCAGGGGGACAGGACGGUGCUGGUGAUCGCCCACAGGCUGCACACGGUUCAGAGUGCCGACCAGGUCCUGGUGCUCAGGCAGGGGCAGCUGGUGGCGCACGACCAGCUCAGGGAGGACCAGGGUGUCUACGCACACCUGGUGCAGCAGCGGCUGGAGGAGUGACGCCUCUGGACACGGAGCCCGUCUCAGAACUGUGGCCAGGAUCAGACCCCG